ACACAGCUCAAAACGGAACUGUUCCAGAACUUUUAUUUCGUUGUAUAGUAUGUACGACUUACUGCUCAAUCCAUCUGAUUCCUUAGUGUUUCGACGGGUGGAAGUAUUAUUUCUGCAACAAUGUGUUGAGAGCCGGAUUAGUGAGGAAACAAUCAAGAUAAAAAUAUAGUUCAUCGAAUUACUGUAAGAGUAAAUUUGAAAUUAGUAGCACCACGUCGUUGAAUUACUGCGACUAAUAUGGCCAAAUCGAUUUAUGAUUUCACUGUCGCCGACAUCGAUGGCAAUAACGUCGGCCUAUCCGUUUACAAAGGAGCUCCAAGUUUGAUCGUAAACUUUUCCACCAAGGAUCCAUCGUGUGAAAAAGCGUUCUCAAUGCUAGCCCAGCUGCGUGACAAAUACAAUAUCGCCGACUGCCGAAAAGAUCUGAACAUCCUCCUGUUUCCGUGCUACCAAUUUGGCGCCAAGGAAUCGGUUCGCGAGCUGGUGGAGUUUUUUGAGAGAAACGGCGACGUGGGAGAUGUUUUUGCUGAGAUCGAUGUUAAUGGACCCAAAAGCCACGAGCUGUACAAAUUUUUGAAGCAAACGAAGCCUGGCAACUGUGGAGGGUUUAUUACGAGCAACUUUACCAUGUUUCUCGUCGAUAAGAAUGGAAUUCCAGUUGAAAGAUUUACAUCAACUAUGCAUCCUAAUUUUGUUGAGGACAUUAUAGAUAAAAUGUUACGGAAGGAAGGUUAAGUUUAACAGUUUCGACAAGCUAAAGGAAAAUAUAACGAUUUUGAUAA